GCGUCGUCAACUGCAACUCGCCACAAAACAUUGUGGGCGCUUACGCCGAUCCGCGGGACCCUAUUCCGAUAGUGGAAUUCAACCAACAACGCCGGUAGUCAUUCAUGUGAUUCAUUAUUCAGUUUGGAGCACGGCGUCGACGAAGUCACUUGCGUUUUAGCGCACGUACGUACCUACUGCAUGCUACCUGAACGGUGUUGUUGGAUCGAGAGGAAUCACCGUUGAAAGUGGGACGAUUUUCGCGUUCUACUAUUCAGUUUCCACUCGCAAUAGUCGUUUUCCAGCUCCGAUAAAUCCGCGAACGUUUUGCGCGUCCAGUUUGAACGUUUUCGUGGUUGUGUUUGCAUCGAAGUAUUCCGUAUAUUGCAGAACUGUGUGUCGGCCGAUUGGUAUUUUCUUGAAGGUCGUUCCCCGUUCGAUAACGGCGAUUAAUGAUAAUAAUAAUAAAUCGCUGAAUGGCUAAUUUUCGGCUACUUCCUGUGGAUCUUGUGAAACGUGUGGUUUGAGCACAUCUGUCUGGAGCUUGGUUGCGAUUUGAAUUGGAUUCGGGCCUGCUUGUUAUAUUCUCUCUUCUGUUGGGAUCGAAUUCAGUAUACUUCGCGUGGGACUACCUACAGGUGUUACAAUGCGGGAGAAAAAAAGUGGUGCUUUAUCACGGAUGCAGAAACUUAAGAAGAGGUUAUCACAUUCCUUCGGCAGAUUAUCGAUUUCGAAAGAAGAAUCGGAAGAACAUAAUCAUGCCAAACUUCCUUAUAAUGGUUACAGCGAAGAGUUCCUAGAUCGCCUCGAACCAAAUGGCAAUAUUCCUGCUGGAAAAGGUGAUAUUAGAUAUGAAUGGAAUAGUGUGAAUCAUGACAGGGUGAAAAGACAGCUAUCUGUAUCGUCCGAUAGUAAACUACUAGAUGAUGACAUUAGGGAAGAAGCAAAAGUGAUACUUCGACCGAAAAGACCGCCCAGGCCGAAGUCCGAAGUUUUGCUCAAUGAACAGGGUUCAGAGCAUCGGAGGACGAAACGGUUUUCUGCCUUUGGGGGAGAUUCGCCUUUCGGGAAAACAGAAGCCUAUAUUAAAUUAGAACAAUUAGGAGAAGGAUCUUAUGCAACAGUGUACAAAGGAUUUAGCAAUUUACAGAACCAAGUAGUAGCUCUUAAAGAAAUUAGACUGCAAGAAGAGGAGGGCGCGCCCUUCACGGCGAUACGAGAGGCAUCGCUGCUGAAAGAACUGAAACAUGCCAAUAUAGUUACUUUACAUGAUAUUGUUCACACCCGGACCACACUAACCUUUGUGUUCGAAUAUGUCCACACAGACCUCUCUCAAUAUCUGGAAAGGCACAGCGGCGGCCUCGACUCUCGGAACGUGAGACUCUUCCUCUUCCAGCUCCUCCGCGGCCUUUCCUUCUGCCACAAACGAAGGGUCCUUCAUCGGGACGUCAAACCUCAAAACCUUCUAAUCAGCGAGAUCGGCGAGUUGAAGCUCGCAGAUUUCGGUUUGGCGAGGGCGAAAUCCGUGCCCAGCCACACGUACUCGCACGAGGUCGUCACGCUGUGGUACAGGCCGCCAGAUGUCCUCCUCGGUAGCACGGAAUACUCCACCUCCUUGGACAUGUGGGGCGUUGGAUGCAUAUUCGUGGAGAUGAUCACGGGAGUCGCCAUAUUUCCAGGGGUUAGGGAUACAUACGAUCAACUUCAUAAAAUAUUCAAGGUGCUGGGUACACCAACAGAGGAAGACUGGGAGGGAGUAACAAGACUCCCUGGCUACAAAGUUCAAAAAUUGACCCAAUACAAACCCAAGAAAUUGGGACUUGUAUGGCCAAGACUGCAUGACGUUGUACAUGGAGAAGCCAUGGCCACAUCUUUGUUACAGUUGAAUCCUGUGAACAGGUUGGGCGCAGACGAUGCCAUGGUGCAUCCAUAUUUUGCUGGAUUACCAAAAAAGUUGUUAGAAUUACCAGAUGACGCCUCAAUUUUCACAGUGGAAGGUAUACGCCUUUAUCCCGAACCAUAUGCAACAUUAAAAUGAGAUUCGGAGUUGUUCUUCGAGAAUGCACCAUAGGAAAGUCAAUCUGUUAUUUUACAAUUUUGCAAUCCAAGCUGUGUUUUACAUGAGUUUAUUUUUUAUAUUUGUUACAUUCAUGCGGUUUAAAUAAUCGAAUCAUAUUGUAACUCAAUUUCUGCCAUUAUACCCUUAUGCUUUCAAUUUUCUGAAAGUACAGUAGAAAGAAGAGUAAUUUAUUGAAUUACGCAGUACUAUAAAAUUCGUAUUUGGAUCAUCCGUUCUGGAAAACAUAACAGAAGUUAAUUGCAAUUUAAGUGCUUUAUCCGCAAUAAACAAAAAGUUUCAUCAUAAGUUAACUAUAGUUCUAUAUAGUUAAUUAUGAUUUUGGAAAAAAAUUAGAAAAAAAUUUACACUCAAAUAACAAUUUACAGGUAAUUGCUGGAAUAUUUUUCGAGUGAUUUUCAUUGGUCAAACUAUUACCACAUCGCAUCGAUUUCAGGUCGUUAUGAUCUUAAAAAAUUAACCAUAAGAAAAAUCCGUAAUUGUAUCAGUGGGUUUUUGAAUAAUUGAUUGAAAACGGAUACUGAGAAAUUGAGAAUUGAUUCAGAUUUAUACAUGAUUUAUACUGUCGGUAGUCACUGGUGUUUAAUAUAUUCAAUGUGAAUUUAAAUUGAUUCUAUUUGGAACAAAAUUUUUUUCUAUUGGUUUUCUGUGAUAUUAAGAAUUUUUGAAAAUUUUUGAAAUUGAACACUGAUGUAUACUGUAUAGUAUAACUCAAAGAAUAUAAGUUACCUUAUGUAAUAUAUUGAUUACUUGUGAAUAUUUUGUUACUGUACAGUGCAUGUUAUUUGAAUUUUUUUAAUGCAGAUAGGACAUUUUUACAAUAUGCGACCUUGGUGUAAUAAUUUUUUUGAGCAAGUGAUAACAAUCGAUUUGUCACAGAACCAUUCCUUCCAUGGUGCUCAAUUACUAUUUAUAAGACUAUUGCAUAGUCAUCUAUCUGACUGAAACAGUCUGUAAAGCAAAAUAAUGAGCUUCAAAUCAUAUUUUUAACAGGCGGAACAUUUAUAUUUGUAUUUGAAUUCAUAAUAAUAUUAUAUACAUAAUUCUUUUCCUUUGUUAUACUCGAUCCAUUUUAUAAUUUUCUAUACAUAUUCGAAGAAAGUAUUUCUUGCAUAUUCAUGGUUGGAGCACUAUUCUUGCUUUUUCGAUGAGACAAGAACUCGGAGGAAACAAACUUUCUCCACUUCAUAAAAUUUCAUGGAUUCAUUAAAAAGGUGCCAGAAUAUUCAAAUUUCAUAAUUUGAAUUGCCUUUAAAAUCUGUUCGAGAUUCUUUUUUUUGCACAUAAAAAAUCUCAUAAUAUUUAAUAUUAUGUUGAAACAAGUAUUUGAUGAUUUUCAUUGAUUCAGCAACUUUAUAUAUUUACUCCUAAUUCCAUGUGAAACGAAUUUUACAGAUUUUCAUGAAAAUAGAUUUCCUGAAUCAAUAUUUCACAACAAGUAUUAUCUCUGCCUUUUUUCUUAAAAAACAGUUAAUUAUUGAAGUUCAUUGUUUUGAAGAUUAUAAUUAUGUAACUGACCCAGCAGACUGAAAAUUAAAGACUGGGAAAUUUUUGCUGUAAUUGGUUAAUCAACAUAAAAUCUGUAUUCCAAUUUUACUUUUGUGAAAUAAUUCAGAUAUUUAAACACUGUCAGGAACCAUUGUAAAAAUUUGUUUACGAUUUUUUGAGGCAUGUUAUUAAAAAUGAAAUAUAGAAAACUAAGAAGCAUUAA